UUUUCAUCAUCUAAAAAAAACUCAUUCCUCAUUAACGUUCUAUAAUAACAAUCAUGACCGCCAAUAACUUUUCUCAGUAUCCUCAAAAUGUUGGUAUCGUGGCUAUGGAAAUGUAUUUUCCUUCAAGAUGUGUAGCUCAAUCUGAAAUGGAAGUAUUUGAUGGUGUUAGUACUGGAAAAUAUUCUAUUGGUUUAGGUCAAGAUAAUAUGGCUUUUAUUGAUGAUCGUGAAGAUAUUCAAUCUAUUUGUUUGACUGCUGUUCAAAAUCUGAUGGAAAAAUACAAGAUCUCUUAUAAUGAUAUUGGUCGUCUUGAAGUUGGAACUGAAACUAUUAUUGACAAGUCCAAGUCUGUUAAGACUACUUUGAUGACUUUGUUUGGUGAACAUGGAAAUACUGAAAUUGAAGGUAUUGAUACUACCAAUGCUUGUUAUGGUGGUUUCAGUGCAUUCUCUAAUGCUGUUAACUGGAUUGAAUCUUCUUCUUGGGAUGGUCGUUAUGCUAUUGUGAUUGCUGGUGAUUUGGCUCUUUAUGCUUCUGGUGCUGCUCGUCCAACUUCUGGUGCUGGUGUGGUUGCUAUUUUGGUUGGCAAGGAUGCUCCUAUCGUUGUUGAACGUGGUUUACGUAGUACCCAUAUGGAACAUGCAUAUGACUUUUACAAGCCUGAUAUGCAUUCUGAAUAUCCUGUGGUAGAUGGUAAAUUCUCCAAUAUUUGUUACUUGCGUGCUUUCGAUGCCUGUUAUACUCGUUAUAUGAAACGUCUUGGUCAACAAUUGAAUAAGGAAAAACCUAGUAUGGAUGAUAUUGAUUAUGUUGUGUGUCACUCUCCUUACGCCAAGCUGGUCAACAAAUCAUUUGCUCGUGCUUCGUACAAUGAUUUCCGUUUGGACAACAAUAAUGAAAAAUAUGCCAGUCUUCAACCUUUUGCUGAAUUAUCAUAUAAUGAAUCAUUGGAAAGCAAGGAUCUUGAAAAGGCUUGUGUUGGUUUGACUAAGGCUUCUUAUGCUGAAAAGGUGGGACCUGCUGCUUUUGUUCCUAAACAAAUUGGUAAUAUGUACACUGCUGCUGUUUGGGCUGGUCUUGCCUCCUUGAUUUCUGAAGUGGAUUCUGAUACUUUACAAAACAAACGUGUUUUAUUCUAUUCUUAUGGUUCUGGUCUUGCUGCCUCCAUGAUUUCAUUCCGUAUUAAUGGUGCUACUGAUAAUAUCAAGAAUGUAUUGAACUUACGUGAAAGAUUGGCUGCUCGUACUUUCUCCAAACCUCAAGAAUUUGCUGAUGCUAUGAAGAUUCGUGAAAACACCCAUAAUGCCUGCGAUUAUACCCCAACUGGUAGCUUGGAUCAUAUUGCUUCUGGUGUUUACUAUGUGGAAAAGAUCGAUGACAAGUGGAGAAGAUUCUACAAGCGCAAGGAUUAGAUUUUAUAUAGAUUCCUUCUUCUUUUAUCCUAAUAUACAUAUUUAUUUAAUAUUAUUAUUAUUAUUAUUAUCAUUAUUAUUAUUAUUUUUUAUUACUAUUAUAUGCAUCUUCAUGUCGAUAAUAAAAGUGUUGAACGAG